AUGGUUCCUAGUGGGUACACGGUGACCCCGGCAGCGACCCGCGGUGGUUUUUUUCCGUGCAUGACGUGCUCUAGCGUGCCUUUGGCUGGGGGUGGCUUUUUGUUUCUCCCUGUUGUCAGUGUACUUGAAGUGCGUUGUUCAGCCAGCAAGGAAAGCCGUGUUCAAGAAAUUCUUCUCUGUUCCUAAUGGAAAAAGCCCCUUUUCAAGGUACUUCCUAUCCUACUCUGCUUUGCGGAGUUAUUUGCAAGGAUUUGUCACCUUUGUUCCUGUGGCCCAUCGCCCAGCGAUUUCAGCAUCCUCUGGUCCCCUGGGCGCAUGGUAGAGAAAUGCCCCGUCCUAGGGGUUCUUGAGUGGUGCAAGGACUGAAGCGUCAGGUCAGACUCUUGCUUUCAGUUCAGGUCAUGAUCUCAGGGUUUCCGUGGAGCCUGUCUAAGGUUCUCCCUCUCCCCCGAACAAGGAGGCAGCAUCUGAGGCCUCACCUUGGUCCCAUCUACCGAUCAUAAUCAGCAGUUUUAACAAGAGUCCCAUUUGGUUCUAGAGGCAUUAAAGUUUGGAAAGCACUGAUCUAACAUAGUAUAUAUUUUACUUUUCUAAUUUUACCCUCCUGGGAUGUAAGUCCCCCAGGGCUGGGAUUCUGGUCUAUCUUGUUGAUGCUCCAUGCGCGCUUGCGUAGACUAGCCCAUGGCCAUAUAAUAGGCUUUCAACAUAUUGAAUGAAUUCACUUACUGAUCUCAGGCUUUAAAAAAAAAAAAAAAAAAGUGGAUUCCAAGCGGGGUCUGGAUUCUAGCUCUGAGUCCAGGUAAGAUGACCAACACUCUCCUUCCUACAGAGAAAGCACAGAGUUGGAAGCACUCCCUGUCCCGUUUCGUCAGUAGUACCUCUGAACAUCAUUUGCCGGAGCCCCUAAAAACGCUAUACAGAACAGUCCCUGGGCUCAGGGAGAGGAUCCUCUAGUCUACACCCUCAGCAUCCAAUCUAGCCUCCUUCAGCCCCUUCUCCCACGAGAGAAGAAUGGGAUCAUUCUACAGACAUCAGAGAGAGGACCUGAAAAUUAAAUGGACAUAAAACAGAAUAACAGGAGGCGGGACUGGGUGACUCCAUCCACAGAGUGUGUGCCUUCAGCUCAGGUCAUGAUCCCAGGGCCCUGGAUUGAGUUCUCCGUCGGGCUCCUUGUUCAAUGGGGAGUCUGCUUCUCCCUCUGCCUGCUUCUCCCCCAGCUUGUGCUCUCUCUACGUCAAAUAAAUAAAAUCUUAAAGGCAUUAAAACAACAACAACAACAACAACAAAACAGAGUAAGAGGAGGCAAGCGUACAGAUUUUUACAUGGACAUAGGAGACCACGUAGUAAAAUGAAGACCCAAAGAGGCAGCUAGGUGGGUCUCCAAGAAGCUCGGGUUCCUUUUACUUUUUCUUUUAUUUAUUUGAAGACCAAGAUCUGGUGCUUCGUGGUCACGGAUACUGGUGUGUCCCGGCGCCUAUUUUACUCCACAGAUUGUAAUGCAUUAUUAUCCUUACCUUGAUUUGGCCAGUGGGAAGCCUUUCAAACUGGCCCUCGUGUGCCUGACAUGUCCACGUCGGUCACAGCACGCUGCUCUCCUUUUUGGCACAGCUACGCGUUCCGGGGCUUGACGAGGCCGGUGCAGACCCAGCCGUGAGGGCCAUGCUGGUGGCGUGGCUCCUUGGACCCUCCCUUGCCCACCGACCUGGAUUCCCGAAACGGGUCAAGAUUCUCUGGACUUCCCGGAGAGGCCCUGCAGUCAGAGGGAGAGAAGGGAACGCCAGUGCCCGGGAUGGACUCCCUGCCCUGGCUCCCCUGCAUUGCAACAAGCCUCUCCGAUCCCAUCUAGCGUGUGCCCAAGACCACUCCCCCCACCCACUGAGAGUCCCACAGAGGCCCAGCAAGCCACAGGUGCUCAGCCUUCCCUUGACUGAGUGCCGCCACCACCUGACUGGGUAGCAGACACCUCUGCGCUUGCAAGGCUGGGGGGCAGCACCUUGGAAGCCCCCUGCUGCUCUCCCUGAUACCCCAGCCGGGAAGGGUUGGUCAUGCUGGGGCCCAGGCUUGCAUUGGCUGGUCACCAAAACCCAAUGCCCUCCCCUCCCUCCCCCCCUCCUCCUGCUCUUUCCCCAAAGCACCAGAGCUGGGUCCCCAGGGAUGCCACCCCUCCACAUCCCAUCAGGGGCCACAUCCAGUGAAGGUCUUAGGGUGUUCUCCUUGGUUCCUGUCUGCUGGGCUCUGUAGGUAGUGACCUUGGAGGCUGGGGUUUCUCUGUGGCUUCAAAGCAAUCACAUCUUCCUGAAGGUCUUCACCUGUUGGGCUUCCCUGGCGGGCCCUCCUGAGCCCGUGGAAAGUAUGGCUCAGUCCAUCUCAGUUAGCAGUGGCACAGUGGGACUGAGACUGGGUUGGGGAGAGAACCAAGAGGAGCCUGCCAGGAGAGGAAGACGUGUGGGGAAACACAGUCUUCAGUCUGAGAGGCAGGAGCAAUGGCGAAAAGGAGCCCGUGGGCUCCGAGGUCAGGGAUGGCAGUGGCUGGGUCCCCAAGGCUCCCAAGGGCCACACUCCACACUUGGAGUCCCAUUGGAGUCCCCUCUGGGAUGCACUCCACCUGUACUUGGAGACUCGGGAGUCUCCUUCCGGCAGGAAGGAGGAGAACAGGGAGGACCAUUCUCUGGAGUUCUCUGCACCCACACUCCUCCCCCCCAGCAACCUGGCUCUGGCUCCAAGGUGAAGCCCAUGUUCUCCGCGGUGCCCUCUGGCUGGGGCUCAGGAUCUGGCUCUUCAGGCCCUGCCAAUCUAGCCUGCAGGCCCCGCGCUAAGUCAGCCGGCUGCUCAGAACCCGCAAGACGGCCAAGCAGGUGAACGUGUGUGUGCCCCUCCACGCUGGCAGCUGUCCACGCCCCACCCCACCCCUACCCCCACUCUCCUGCGCCCUGCCUUCAGCCCUCAUUGCCCCGACUCUCUCGGGCUCUGUCUGAGCUCUAAGUCUGCGCUGUGGCCGCCGAUCUCACUCCUCCCCCGCCCCCAUCCCUUCCCACAGGUGGAGACCCCUGCGGUCAGUGGCCAGAAAGCGGACAGGAUGGAAAUAUCUCCUCUGUUUCUACUUCCCUCCAUCAGGUGUAGCCAGAGAAUCGGAGAAUCGGUGUGGGGGGGUUUACCGCACUCCCAGCGCAGUAGGGAGGAGGCUUGUACCGAGCGAGCGUGAGCAGUCCGCGCUCCCUCAGCGGGAGCACCUGCCUCCCACCCUCCCCACACACCACCCCCGCCCCACCCGACGCCGCCGGGGCUACAGAGCAGGUGCAAAGGCGCGGGAAAACCGAAGUGUACCGGGCCGCACCCCGUCCUCACACGGACGGAACCCUGAAGGCGCCUCCGACGUUCUCAGCCACACCGGCCAGGCCCAUGGAGGCCCCUGCUGCCCUUCGCUCCUGCCAACGUCAGCCUCGAAGCAAGCGCACGACUGGCGAUGGCCUGGAAAACCUCGGGGUGACAGUUCUGUCCCACGAGCAGAGUAAGCGGGUCCGCGAAGAGGCUCUUCUGGCGCCGUUAAGUCUGGAUGUUUCUACACCACCUGAAAGACAGGGAAGGAGACAGACAGACAGACAGACAGACGGCGGCUGGGAGAGACAAGCGGUGACCAUCCCCGGAGGCCGGGCAGGAGACGGCCCCAGCUCGAGAGGGACAGUUGUCCUGAAGGAAGCCGCGGUGCUCCCUGCCCCAUGGGAGGACCCGUCCGCUUGUCAGCCGCGCAGGCGGGCGGGAGGCAGACCCUCUCGGGCCACCUGCUGGUGCGGAGCCGGAGUCGCGCGCGGUGGGGGGCGUGGGGGGGACCAGUGCCGAGGGCGUGGGACCGGGCGGCGCCGAGCCGAGACUGCAGCCGCGCGGACCCGGAGCGCCGCAGGGCACGUGGCGGCCCACGGCCCCAGGAAGGCCCGGGGUGCUGCCGGGGCGGCGGCACACCCGCAGCCGAGGAGGCGGGGGUCCCGAAGGGCUUCCGGCCUCGGGCUGGGAGGGCGAGGCCGCCGGGGGUCGCGGUGGCUUCCCCGACGGCGCAAAAGCGACGGGCGCGUCCUUCGAGCCGGAGUCGAACCAGCGACGUAAAGAUGUCCACGCCUCUCCGGCCUACAGUCCUCCGCUCUGCCAGCUGAGCUAUCGAAGGCUGCGCUCUGGCGGGCCUGGGGCCGGGCUUUUUCUCGAAACGACGGAGGCCACGGCGCGGCCGUGCGGGACGUCCAGCGGGCCCUGACGCGCUCCGAAGCCAUCCCAGAGAAGAGCCGAGUCCCCGCGGCCGCAGCGCCCGUUCCGCGCGGGGCAGCGAGUCCCCUGCGCUCGGCGGCCGACCGGGGCGGGCGUGGGGGGCAGCAUCCCGGGCGCGGCGGCGGAGACGCCUGGGCGCGUGCUCUCCCCCCACCCCGGUGGCCUCAGGUGCCCUCCCGGCGCCUUCUUCUACAGGUGGGGCCACCAGGGUCCGUGGCCCGGCCGGAAAGAGGGGGAGGAGGGGCGUUGGCGAACCCCACGCGCGGGCUGGGCGACCAAGGCCUUGCGGAGCGGAGGAGGGGACCCCCCCUGGAUUGCGCACCAGGUAGGCGGCUUCGAACCGCCCAGCUACCAGCUGGUUUGUGGGCGCCUUCAGGCCAAAAUAACCCUUAGGCCAAAAUGACGCUUGGUGGUGGUGGUGCGGCAGAUGAUGCCGGCUUUCGCAGCCAAGAUCAUCGCGUUCGGAUUCCGCAGGUCUCCUAAUUUCCCUGCUUUCACCCUUGCAGCCAGAUUUUUUUUCUUUUUCCUUAAUUUAAUUCAUUAUUACUCCCUCCCCGCCCCGCCCCCCGCCCCGUCCCCGGUGUCAAGAGGAGUGGGAGGGGAAGGAUUCCGAUCAAGCCACUCCUCUGCUCAAAACCUUUCAGUUUAGGGGUGCCUGGCUGGCUCAGUCGGUAGAGCAUGUAGAUCAUGAUCUCAGGGUUGUGAGUUCGAACCCCCCCACACCCACACCCACACACACCAUACCCCCCACCCA